ACUGUAGUUUACAACCGUCACUCACUUCAGGAAAGACAGCACAAAGACAAGCAGCAAGAUGAAGCACCUGCUGUUUUGGGGGAUGGUUUUUGCUGCAUUCCACCUCAGUAUUUCAGCUGCUCCAGAUUUCUGCAACAUGACCCCCGAUGCAGGUGAAGGCCCAUUGUUCCUCUUCUCUUUGUAUUAUGAUCCUGUCAAAGACCAGUGCAGCCCCUUCUUUUACCACGGCCAGGGAGGGAAUGCCAACCGUUUUGUAAAUGAAAGAGAGUGCAUAAGAAACUGUUCCGCCAAUGCAGAGAAGAAGUACCCCAUGGAUGAAACUCAAGCUUGCCACUUCAAAAAGGCCAAUGGUGGAUGUAGUCUUACCCAAUUGAGGUUCUAUUACGAUUCUGUUCAUGACAAGUGCAAAAAGUUCCUCUGGACUGGUUGCUUCGGAAAUGGAAACAGAUUUUUCGACUACAACAGCUGCAAUACCACAUGUUCCGGCAUCCACGAUGAUGGUGAUGAAGGGGAGGAGGAGGAGCCAGACACCCCUAUUGCUAUCAUCUGUGGAGUUUUGCUGGCUGUCAUUGUUGCCGCUAUCCUCAUAACUGUGAUUGUCCUGACUGUUCAGUCAAAGAAAAAGAGAUCCAAGAAGAAGGCACCAGGGAAAAGUAAAGGCCCCAAGUCUGAUGUACCUCUUCGGGAGCAGGGGAUUGAAAUGGAAUAGAUAAUCCUGCCACCUCGAUGGCAACGUGGAGUUUUUACCAGCUUGAUUUUUAUGCUGUAACUCUACCAGCCUUGAUGCCAAACAUAUCAACUGAUUAUUACAUUUAAGUUCAACUUAGAUUUUUUUUUUUUUUUUUACUGACAUAUGUAAUAACCAUAACAACUUUGUUCCAUUUUCUAUUUUGUUUCACCUCAGCUACGUGUGCAAAGUGAUGUUUCUUAGGUUGUAUUUUUUUGCUAGGAGCUUUAUCCAAUGCUUUGAUUCAGUAAUCCAGAAUAAAUCUGUUUAGUCAAAGUGUCAAUUAAUUUAUCAACAGAAUCAAUAACCAUUUUGAUAAUUAAUUAAUCACUUAAUUCAUUUUUAAGCAAAAAUGACAACAAUUUGCUUCUGCUUUUUUUUGGUCUUAUUUGAUUGAAAAGUGAGUAUUUUUUGUUUUGCACUGUUGGUUCGACAAAACAAACAAUUUGAAUUUGGGACCCGGGAAAUUGUGAAUUCCUAUAUGUUUUUGACAUGUCAGAAAUAAUCACAAAAAUAGUUUGUGUAUUAAUUAUUAAUUCAAUUAAUUGUAGCCCUAAAAUCAACACACCUACCACUCAGACAGUGUUUUGGGAAAACUUCCAUGAGAAAAAGUCAGCGUUUUAGACAAACAUUCAGGUUCAGGAGCAGAACUACAUCAUUUUAAGUUUGGAUACUCAUCCUUUUGUGUACAGUUGCCUGAAAUGUUUUUAACUGUGUAAGUUUGUAAUCAUUUCAGUGUUUCCAAAAUAUAACUGCAUCAUCACCUGGCUCUACUAUUUGCUGAAAACUGUCUUAAGUUCUCUGAAUGCAUGUGCCAAUUCAAAACCCCAACACAUAUAUUUAGAGCUGUUUUUGUCCAGCUCUUUUGUAUUGAGAUGUCCAUUGCACACUCCAUGUUAUUAGGUUUUCCUGCUCAGCAUUUGUGAAUCUUUACUUUAAGGCUUUUAAGUUCACAUUUACUCACAUUUAUCUUAAAAUGCACGACUGUAAUAUCUUUAAAAGUCUGUGCUCAUGCUUUGUAUUUGGUAGAUUUGUUUUUUCAAAGUUAAGUUGUUUAAUAUUAUAUUCCUGGUGUUCAUCUUGAUGUCAGAUCCCCCACCUCAAUGAUGUAAUUAAAAAUCUCUUUUACAACCUAUUUUACUAAGUUAUCAAAAAUAUGAGUGGAAGACUCAGGUUUAUAUCUACUGAGAAGGUUACUUGUUAUCAGGUGAAUAUUUGUUAUCAGUAAGACAACAACACAUCUCUGUUAAAAACAUAGACAGGUGUAAGGUGUCCUUUUAUUAAAUCUUUUAGACUGUUAAUAAAAGUUAAUGGGGAAAGUA